AUGCGCAUCUGGCUCAAGGCACGGAACCCCUUGUGCCGAAGAUAUCAUGAACCGAUAGCUGAUCCAUUUCUACGAAUUGAGUGCUCGGUCCUCGCAGGCGGCAGCAUGCACAACGGCUAUGCUCUGCCGUUGUUGAUGAUAUGCAUCGAGCUCACCUCUUGUGACAAGGCGGUGAGGUCGCCAGCAUUUGCCUUGGUGGACGACGAUCCGUGCCUGCGUGACCCCGACAGUCAGGACUUCCAGUGUGGCACAGCGCUUCUACAAAGUGGAAACCGGCGCCUGCCGCCUCGGAAGGCGGCAUACCACUCCGAAGCCUCCAAAGUUGGCAACAAGGCACCGGUCCUCGAGGACUUGUUGGAAGUGGCCGGCAAGGCCAGCUACAAUGCGAGCUUCAUAGCGCAGCUGGAAAGCUUGGUCUCAGAUCCGAGUCUCGGAGCCAAGGGAGUCCACGGAAGCCUUCGCUUCUUGCAAGAGGAGCAUUCGAUCAGGCUCUCUACUUGCGAUGCCGAGCUUCGGUUGCGAAUUGAGAGCGAGCUGAAGCUCACUGACCUCUACAACCAGUGGCUGCGUUUGGACAAGGCCUGUCAAGCAGACGAGCAUCUCCUUCGACACGAGCUUGACUUGUGUCUGCAAGCGCGAUCGGUGGACAAGCGGGAGAAUCAGACGUCGGGCUGUGCGGAGCAUAGCAGGCUGAUGCAGAAAAAAGUGAAGGAGUGCUCUUCCAUCCGAGCGGCAACGCGGUCAACCGGAUGCGCACGUGCUUCUCAGGCUGCCCAAUCCUGCAGCUCGUACAGUCUCUGCCGCACACGCAUGUCUGCGGCUUUGGCACAAGCAGGAACAGCAGCUAAAGCGGUCGUCGCUGGACCGCACCAGUCGCGCUGGCUUGCGACAGCGACUUCCAAGUGCCUUCGGGACCGCUUGAGUGAUAAAAGCUUCAACCACUCCAGCGCGCUCUUGGCAGCAAAGGCCUGCCAAGCCCUGGCCGAGAAAGAGAUUCAGGCCUUAGGGCAGCCCAAGGAGCAAUCGGAGCACUCACAGAUGGGGCCUGUGAGCAUUCGUUGUCGAUGUCAAGCGAAGCUCUCUCGCCUCUUUCUGGGCCUUGCUCUUGCCACGUGGUUGCGCUUUUGCGUUCCGGCACGGGCCAUGAGCGAGCCCCCGUCUCCUGCUGGGCUCCUCGUGCUUGGCCUCAACCCGGGCUUGCAGACUAUCCUCCGCUUGCGUGACCUGGACCUGGGCCAGGUGAACCGGGCGGAGGCUGCCAUUACUGGAGUUGGCGGCAAGGGGCAGAACGCAGCCAAAGCUGCCAAUACUUUUCUGAGGCUACGGCCGGAGAGGUCAUGCCCGGUGACUGUUUGCCAAUUUCUUGGUGGGAGCACGGGCGAAGAGGUCAAGCGCCUGCUGUCCCAGCAAGGUAUACACGACAUCACGACGCAGACAGGCGCGGCAACGAGACAACUGGUCACUCUGGUCGACUACGCUGCCUCCGGUGCUAGCCCCGUGGUCACCGAGCUCGUCGCUCCGUCACAGCCGAUUGAGGAGGCUGCUGCACAAGAGCUGUUAGCCAGAAUCAUCGAUGCUGCUUCGAGCUUCAGGGGCAUCCUGCUGAUGGGCACCUGGCCGAACGGGACCACGUCACGGCUGUACCAGGCUGCAGCUGAGGCGAAGGCUGCAGGUGCGCUGUGCAUUCUGGAUGCGCUGAAGCCAGUUCAGGACAUUGCCGAUCUCCUAGCGAGCGGGUACAUCGACAUCUACAAGGUCAAUGCUGUGGAGCUAUGUACUUUGAUGGGGGCGCAAGGCCUCCGAGAAGGAGAGGUCGGGGAACAUCAAAUUCGAGAAGGAGUGGCGAAAAUGUUUGACAAGUAUCCCGGAGUGAAGCAUGCGGCCAUCACUGCUGGUCCCCAGGCCGCGUUUCUCUUCUCGCGAGAUUCGGCGGUGCGCUACGACAUUCCCAAGGUUGACUGUCUGAACCCGAUUGGUGCUGGAGACACGGUGGCCGGGGUGCUGAUGGCUUCCUGGUGCUCAGGCAUCGCACAGGACUUCGAGGAGGCGAUGCUUUAUGGUUUGGCCUCGGCUACAGCAAAGGUGAAAGAAGAAGGUGAAGGUGGAAAGUUCGACAUCGAGGAAAUGCUGACGAUCAAGAAGGCGAUUUCAAUGACGCACGAGCUACCGGCAGCGCUGGAGUGCAACGGAAGAAGCGAAGAGCAGGGUCUCUGUGAGGAGCUCGAACCUGCGGAGACUUGGGAACAGAGUGCAGCAGCUUUCUCGCCCCAAGCACUGGGUGCAGACUUGGCGAAAGAGGUGGCUGGAGUGUCCUUCAUGCAGGAGGGCAUCGAGCGGGCAGAUGCACUGCCAAGACACUUGCACAAGGUCCUGAUGGACUCGAUGGUUUCCGUUCCCAUGUUUUUGGCGCUGUUCACUUUGGUGAUGCUGUGGGCAAGGUGCACCGUGUCAUUGACAAGCCGUGAGCAGAAGGAGCCCAGCACUCCAUCAGCUGUGGAUGCUUGGUGUGUCCAAGGUGCAGAGGCGGAGUGUGAUGCGAAGUGGCUGUGUCACGAGCUCAUGGUACCACGGAACAGCAGAUGUGCAGUUACCGUGCCUCGCAUGCUGAAAGAAGGACCUUGGACAGCUGUAGUGAGUGACAAGAUGGGCCAAUGCAUGUUCAAGGUGUGUACUACGGAGGCUCAAGGUCUCCAGCUGAACAUUGCCCGGCAAGACGGUGCCGUUCUUGCAGCCUGCCAGAUCUCGCUGGAGGGAGAUGGCAGCUGCCAAAUCUUGAAAAGCAACAGUGAGAGCCCCUUCGCGACGCUGGAGUGGGAGGCUCUUCAGGCGCGAGGCAGCUGGUUCCGAUGGAAGUCCCGAGCCGGCCCUGGUGGCUUCGUGCUGCGCAGCCGGCUGGGGCUGGGGGUGCUGCUGCAGGUGACAGGAGGCCUCGAGGGCCUGGAUGGGCGGCUGCAUGUGCAGGAUGCACGGAAGCGAUCCGUGGCAGAAGCAACGCUUUGCAGGGGCGGUGGGAGCAUGCCAGACACCCUUCACGUCCAGGUGGUCAGCCCCGGGGCGACAGACCUUGGCCUUGUUUUGGCAGUUUUGCUUGCGGUGGACCGCCUGCAGGCCUGCGAGGGAUUGUUUGGGGCCGUCCUUAGCACGCACAGUUCAUGA